ACUCUCCCCUGAGUUAAGAGCACCAGCUGAGUCAGACAGACCCGAGUGACAAGCCCAGUUUCAUUCCCUCUCAGCUGUGAGAGCCAAGAUUUUCUUGCCACUUUGGCUUCAGCAGGACCCCUGAUAUCAUCACUCUAGGGGCUCCCUCCACACUAUCCUGUGGCCAUGGCAGAUACGUCAAUACCCUUACAUUCAUUGCGAUUCAACAAUAUGCUGAGGGAGGAAAAUGACAACCCAAACAGGGGGAUGACCUUCUCUGGAACAAUGAUAGAAACCACAGAAGAGGUACAAAUUCUGCAUUCCCAUGUACAGCCUGUUGUCUCAACUUCAGAAUCAGACCCUAGAGGGGUGUCUACACAGCUGAUGACAUCCUCAGACUUUGACACCAUCUCCACACCUCUAAUGGGAGUACCAGACUCUGGAGAAUUGUCCCCACCACUUAUGCCAGACUCAGACUCUGAGGAACUGUCUCCAUUGUUAACACCAGUUUCAGAUUCAGAGGCAUUGUCCCCAUUGCUAAUGCCAGCCUCAGACUCUGGAACAUUGUCCCCAUUGCUGUCCACUUCAGAAUAUGGACUAAUGUCCCCAGGUAUGAUGACAAUUCCUGACUUCGGGACAACGUCCACAGUACUAAUGGCAGCACCAGACUCUGCAGAGAUAUCACCAAUUCCACCCUCUGGAAUGAUGUCUACACCAUUGAUGCUUGCUCCAGAUCCUGGAGAGAUGUCCCCUCUCCUAAUGCCAGAUAUAAACCCUGGAGUGAUAUCCACACAGCCAGUGUCAGCUCCAGGCUCUGAAGCAAUGUCACCAUUGCAAAUUACAGAUGAAGACACUGAAGCAAUGUCCAAAGUGCUAAUGACUGCUUUGGCCUCUGGAGAGAUAUCUUCACUGCUAAUGUCAGGCACAGAUGUUGAAUCUAUAUCCUCACUAAUAAUGUCAGCCCUAGCUUCUGGAGCAACGUCAACUCAUCCAACAAGCACCCAAGACUCUGGGGAAAUGUCAACCCAACUGAUGUUAGGCCCAGACUCUGAAGUAGUGUCUUCAGUGCUAAUGUCAACUCAAGGCUCUGGAGGUAUGUCCACACUGCUCCUGUCAAGUCCAGAUGCUGGAGAACUGUCCACAUUGCCAAAGCCAGCCCAAGAUGCUGGAGCACUGUCCCCACUGCUAAUGACGGCCCUAACUUCUGGAGUGAUGCCCACCCAGCUGAUGCCAGCCCAAAGCAGCUCUGGAGUGAUGUACCCAAAGUUAACACAAAAUCUAGGCUCUGAAAUCAUGUCUACUCCACAAAUGAGAGCAACAGCCUCUGGGGAGAUGUCCACACUGCCAGUGAAAGCCUCAGACCCUGGAGCAAUGUCCACACUGCGAACGAGAGCCCCAGCCUCUGGAAAUAUGUCUACAUUGCUAAAGACAGUCCCAGACUCUGGAGCAUCGUCCACCCAACUGAUGAUGAUCACUACCUCUGGAACAACGUCCGUGGAGCAAAUAUCAACUGCAUCCUCUACAGUGAUGUCCACACAGGUAACAAUAUCCAGAACUUCUGAAGCAAGAUCCACAGGCUUUUUGAAAGCCACAGCCAACGGGGCAAUGUCUACGCUGCAAAGGAGAGCUCCAGAUUCUGGAGCAAUAUCCACACAGCCAGUCACUGCCCCAGCCUCUGAAACAAUGCCCAUGCUACAACUGACAGCCCCAACCUCUGGGUCAAUGUCCACACUGCAAAUGAGAGCUCCUGUCUCUGGAGCAAUGUCCAUGUCACAAAGGAGAGCCAUAGCUUCAUCAAUGACAGCUGUACCACAAAUGAGAACCCCAGCCUCUGGAGCAAUGUCUGCACUGUUAAUGAGAGACACAGUCUCAGGAGUGAUGUCCAUGCCACAAAUGAGAACUAUGGCCUCGGGAGCAUUAUCCAAGCCACUAACAACAUCCAAAUCCUCAGAAGCAAUGUGUAUGCAGCAAGUGACAACUGAAGCUUCUGGAGAGAUAUCCACAAUGCUAAUCAGAGACACAGCUUCUGGAGCCAUAUCCAUGCCUCAGAUGACAGACAACCCCUCUGCAGGGAUGUCCACACCACACAAGACAGCCUCAGCCUUUGGAACUAUGCCCAUGCCUCUAAUGAGAGCCUCAGGCACUGGAGCAAUGUCCACAGCACUAACAAAAGCCACAGCUUCUGGAAAGAUGGCCAGGCAGCCAAUGAGCUCCCAAGAUUCUGGAGGGAUGUCCAUGUCACUCAUGAGAUCUAUGACCUCUGGAGGGAUGACCCCACUGCAGAUGGAAGCCCCAGACUCUGGAAUGAUGUCCAUACCAAAAAUGAGAGCCCCAGCCUCGGGGGUAUUGUCUACACCACUAGUGAGAGCCUCAGACCUUGGAGAGAUGUCCUCACUGCUCAUAAGAGCUUCACCCUCUGGAGAAAUGUCCCCACCACUAAUGAGACCCCCAGCUUCUGGAGAGAUAGUCACAUCUCUGAAAACCCCAGCUUAUGGAGUGACGUCAACUCCACAAAUGACAGCCACAGCUUCUGGAGGGGUUUCCAUGCCACAAAUAAGGGCUCCAGUCACUGGAGCCGUGUCUACACUGCUCAUGAGAUCUACGGCCUCUGGAGUGAUGUCCAUGCCUCAAAUGACAGCCACGGACUCUGGAGGGGUGUCCAGGCCUCUGGUAAGAACCCCAAGCUCUGGAGAAGCAUCCACACUACAAAUGAUGCCCACGGCUUCUGGAGAGAUGUGCACACUAUCAAUGCAAGCUCCAACUUCUGGUAACUCUUGCUUCAGAAAUUCUGGAUAUUGUUACCAACCAUUAAGGGCUCCAGACUCUGGAAUUACGUCCACACCACUAAGGAGACCCUCAGCCUCUGAAGAUGUGUUCACAAAGUUAACGAGAGCUCCAGUCUCUGGAAAGAUGUCUACUGGACAAAUGACAGCCGUGGCGUCUGGAGGGGUGUCCAAACCAUUCAUGAGAGUCACAGAUUCUGGAACAAUCCCCAUGCCAUUGAUGUCAGCCAUGGCUUCUGGAGAGAUGUCUAUGCCUCUAAUGAAAAGCAUGGCCUCUGGAGCAAUGUCAGCACUGCAAACAAGAGUCUCAAGUUCUGGAUCUAUGUCCUUGCCACAAACAACAUACUCAACUUCCAGAGGGAUACUUGCAUCGCCAAUGAAAGCCUCAGCUUCUGGAGCAAUGUCCACACCACUUACGAGAGCCACAGCCUCUGGAGCGAUGUCCAUGCCACAAAUGACAGCCACAGCUUCUGGAGGGAUGUCCAUACCACUCAUGAGGACCCCAGACCUGGGAGCCAUGUCCACACCACAAAUGGCAGCCACAGGCUCUGGAAUGAUGUCCAGUCUUGACAUCAAAGCAACAGACUCUGGAGAAACAUCUGCCUCUCACAUCAACAUCACGGCUUCUGGAUUAAAGUCCAUGCCACACCUGACUGCUACAACCCCUGAAACAAUGAACCCACCACCAAAGGAAGUUCCAUCCUUUGGCAUGCUGACCCCAGCACUCUGUUACCUCUUAGAAGAACAAGAAGCAGCCCGGGGUACAUGCUCUGGGGAGGAAGAGAUGGAGAUUGAUGAGGAGAAGCAAAUGAGGGUAUUUUUGGACGAUUCAGAGAAAAUGGCCUUUCUGGUAUCUCUUCAUCUGGGGGCAGCAGAAAGGUGGUCCAUCUUGCAGAUGGAGGUAGGAAAACCCCUCUCAGAUGAAAACAAGUCUUUCCUGAGAAGAUCACAGGGCUUAUAUGAGUCUCUCUCUGAUAUAGACAUCCUCAGUGCUGUUCUUUGCCAUCCCAAGCAGGGCCAGAAGUCAGUCAGGCAGUAUGCCACUGACUUCCUGCUGCUGGCCCGACAUUUGUCUUGGUCUGAUGCCAUUCUACGGACCAGGUUUCUGGAAGGACUCUCGGAAGCUGUUACCACCAAAAUGGGCCGGAUCUUCCUGAAGGUGGCCGAUAGCCUAAAGGAGCUGAUAGACAGGUCUCUCUACACCGAGUGCCAGCUGGCUGAAGAGAAGGAUUCCCUGGGCAGCUCAAGCCAGGUUCUACCAUCAGCCUGUAAGCGGAAUAAUGAGGAGGCAAUGGAGAAUGAACUGAACUCUCAUCAGCAGACUGAGGAGCACCAGCAUGUUCCCAAACGCUGUUACUACCUGAAAGAGCAUGGAGACCCGCAAGAAGGUCUGCACGACCACCUUCGACAAAGCACAGGCCAUUGGAAGGCCCCCACCAACAAGUAAUGUUUCCUGGACUCUUCUGUGAUACCUGACUUGGCUGAAAACUUGAGGACUGGUUCCUGGACCCAUUCCAUUCAAUUACAUCACAAAACUUGUGGCCUUCCCCCUUCAGACUCCCCCUCCAGGCACACCCCACCCUAUUUUCCACUUGGCUCACUUGGCCUUGUCUUUCACCCCAUAUGCCUGUGACCUGCCCAGAUAAUCAGAGUGUGGGCUUCAAGAGUGUUUGGUAUAUGAGGUUCUGAACUGCCAUCACCAUUGAAGUCAGUUUUAGUUCUUGGUUCAGGAAGAUGUCUAGGCAGGAGAAACCAUGUCCUACCUCAAAACACCUUAGAGUGUCUUGCCAUGUGUCAUCAGGCAAACUUGAGGAUGUUCUGGUACCCAUUUCACCAGGAAGAGCCUAUAAGGAGAGUGAUGCCCACCUUUAUACACCCUUUUCACCCAGUAGACUUGCCCUUAUAUGCCCCAACUCAUAACAUCUAUAGUGGGUCUCCAGGGUCCUUGCCCUGUUUAUAGUCUCCAUCGUGAACCAUUUGUUUUGACUCAUAAUAAUAAUCAUAGUAAUGGCUAACACUUACUGAUUACGUACUCUGUGACAGGUACUGCACUAAACCCUCGACAACCACCAUCUCACUACAUUCUUACCAUAACCCAACUUGUUCUUGUGUUGUCAAAUUCUGACCUCUUGAUCUGUUAUGUGUGGCCCUUUUGUUGUCCUUCAGUGUCAAAUCUCUAGCUCUGACCUCUAGGUGACCCCCUCAGAUGUCAGUUGCUCUCACUGCC